AUCAAUAAAACAGAUUUUGAGAGAAAGCAAAGUGAUAAUACAAUGAAAAUGAACUGCAAGAUUGGAUUCGUGAGCUUGCUCGUGAUUACUUCAGUAAUCUUCCUCUUUCUGGUUCCAGAUAAGGUAGAAGCCCAAAAAGAAUGUGUUGGACCAUGUGAACUGGUUCCGAACUGUAUGGCGGCUUGCAUUAACAAAGGAUACCAAGUUGGCCAAUGUGUUGCCUGGAAGGAGGACGAUCCUUUUAUAUGUUGUUGCAUCUAACUAGUUAACUCAAUAACUUAACAUUGCAUACCUAAAUCUAAAUGUUUUGAAAAUGACCAAAAUACCAAAGUAAAAAUAUAUUAUGUCAUUAAUAAUAUGCUCCAAUUUUCUAGAACCGCACCCUGAAUC